AUGGAGCUCAUCUACCGUCUUCCGCAUGAUUUCCUGGAUCAAGAUGAUCCACACGAGUUAGAAGACAAGGCUAAACUUAAGGCUAAGAUAGCCGAAGAUAUGGAAAUGGAUCGAAGGAGCCAAAAAGUGCUAGAACGUCCGGAAUAUAAUAAACCCUCGACCAGUUCAUCUACUAAAAUGGUCGAAACUCAACAAAAACAUCAAGAAACUGUUGCAAAUGUUGAAGUUGACAAUGAGUUGAUAGUGACAGUCCCUCCAAGUUAUAGUGAUCAUUAUCCGAACAUCAAUAAAGGAGAAGAUUCAGAUCCUGUCGCAAGAGAAAGGCGCAAUAAAGUUUUAGAGGUGAGUGUUACCAUUAGAUUAAUCUAG